ACAGUUUACUUCUCUGGAAAUAUUUUUUGUUUAGUUUGUUGUGGCAUCGUUUAAAUACAGUAGAACGAUGGCAGCUUCAGCCAUCGGCAAAAUUAAAUCCGUUGCUGUUAAAGAUUUUGUUACCUACGAUGUCGCAAUUUUCUAUCCGGAUGAACACCUCAACAUUAUUAUCGGUCCUAAUGGAACCGGCAAGUCGACGAUUGUGGCAGCGAUUGUACUGGGGAUGGGCGGUCACUGCAAGUUGCUAUCUCGCUCCGGAAGUAUCGAAGACUACAUCAAAAACGGUAAGGAAGAGGCCAAGAUCGAAGUGACCUUGUAUAAGAACGACAAAAGGUCGCUUAUUACGUUUAGACGGACUUUUGAUCGACGUGGGAAGGAUCGGUUCGAGAUCGAUGGAACUAAGGUUUCUCACAAGGAAUUUUUGCAGCGGAUUCGUAAGCUGAACAUUCAGAUCGAUAAUCUGUGUCAGUUUUUGCCACAGGAUCGAGUUCAGGACUUUGCCAAGAUGAAUCCCCAAGAGCUGCUGAUGAAUACGCAGGCAUCUGUCUGCUCGUCGAACAUGAUCGAGGUAAUGGAUCAGCUGCUGGAGAAACGAAAGGAACAGAAAGAUGUGACGAAAUCGACCGCUGACCAUGCGGCCAAACUCAAAGAAGCAGAAUCGAAAAACGAGGAACUUCGUGUACAGAUUGAAAAUAUGAAUGUACGCAAGAAGUAUGAAAAGGAGGUGGAAGUUUGCAACGCCCGUAAAGCUUGGCUGGAGUACGAACAAAUUUUUCUUGAUUACAAUGCAACGAAGGACGACAUGCAGUUGGCAAAAACAAAUUUGAAUGCUAAACAGAAGAUUUUAGAUCCACUAAAAUCCAAAGCAGUAAAACUGAACAAAACCAAAUCCGAACUGAACGAAAAGAUCAAACAGGAACAGUCGGAAAUGGGGUCCAAUUCCGGAAAGUUGCAUCAGAUGGAAUCGCGCACAGAACAGAUGGAAGAUCAGAUCAACAAACAAAAGCGAGACCUCCAGGAUGCUAUUUCUCAGUCGGCCGAUCGGGAAAAUGAACUUGAACAGGCACGCAAAGCCCUUUCGCUGGCGGUUCAAGACUGCAAGCAAGCCUAUCAGGAGAGGGGAUCGGAAAAAGAUCAGGAAGCACGGAAAACCGAGCUGAUAAGCCAAAUAAACCGGUUGAAGCAGGAAAGCGAUUUGCUGAUCAGUCGCCGAAACGAACUGAACCAGAAGAUCGAGAGCGAUAUUAAACCGGAGAUGGUCAGUGUGAAGCGCAGGAUUGAGUCGUUGGAAAACGUUGCGCAGGUCAAGCUAAGGCUGUUACAGUCUCAGUUCGAUUCUACGUAUCGAGCUACUAUGUGGCUAAGAGAAAAUGAGCAUCUGUUUCAGGGAAAAAUCUACGAGCCGAUGAUUCUGGAGUUAAACGUUCCGAUCAGUGAUAAUGCGAAAUUCCUGGAAAAUACUAUAGCAAAGCGAGAUUUGAUUGCGUUCACUUGCGAGGACAAGGAAGAUAUGACUCUGUUUUUGCAGAAAGUGCGCCAAGAGAUGGGACUGGAGGGUGUGAAUGUUGUUUACUCCGAACCAGCCGAUGAACUGCACUACCGGCCGAGGAUUCCGAUACAAAACAUUGAGCGCUACGGAUUUCGGUCAUAUUUGAUCGAUAUGGUCGAGGGUCCCUAUCCGAUACUGAACUUUUUGUGCAAACUCUACAACCUUCAUAAUGUUCCGGUCGGCGCUGACGAGACGUCGAAAUUUGUCUCCCAAAUUCCAGACGAAAUUCGUUUGUUUUUCACUCCAACGAAUCGGUUCGUUAUCAGCAAAUCACGGUACACGGGUGACAAGAGUUCCCGCUGCGACGAUCUGCAUAAGCUCGAUCUGCUCAACAAAAACGUUGAUCCCGAGGUAUUGGAGGAACGAAAACGUGUCCUGCAACGAUUGAUGCGAGAAAGUGAUAAGAUUCGCAAUCACCGGAAUCAAAUUGAAGACCAGAUCAAAACAAUUCAGGAUCAGUCUUCGGAGUUGAGCUCAGAGCGGCGAAAAUUGGAAGAGAAGUAUAACAGCUAUCAGCAGCUGAAAAUAAAAACCAAACGAGCCGAGCAAAAAUGUGCCGAUUUGACGGCUCGGCUUAUCGAUGUCAGCCAGGAAAAGGUGAAAUUUAAGGAAGCUUGCAAGCGCGCCAUUGAUGAUCUACUGAACAUGCAGCGAAAGAAAAUUUCCGUAAUGGAUCAGUAUGUUAUGGCUACCGUCAAACAUGAGGCUUACAAAGUGAAACUUAAAAUUUUCUUGGACAAGAAUGCUGAGUUGGAGAGUGAAAUUCGUUCCGCCGAGGAUGCUGUGGAUUCGGCUAAGAAGGCGCACGAAUUAGUUAGUCGUAAAUUUGACGAUUUAAAGGACCGCUUGAAGCGCAAGCAAACCUUCGCAAAAAGUCUCACCAACAAUGUUACUCCGUCAAACGAUCAAUUCCCCUACAAAAAGCAGUUUGAAAAACUGCCGGAUCAGUUGGAAGAGCUAGCAAAUCACAUGGACGAAUUACAGGCCCGCAUAGAUUGUAUGGCACAAGCUAACGGUAACAUAUUGGAAGAAUAUGAAACCCGCUGCAAACAGAUUGAGAAACUGCGAGAGGAAAUCCAGCGAACGUCUAAGAGUACGAGUUCCCUAGAAGCGGAAAUGCAAAAGUUACAUGACGUAUGGUAUCCUGAGAUAAGUAAAGUUGUGCAAACCAUCAAUGAAAAUUUCACCCGCUUUAUGGGCACAAUGGGAUUUGCUGGUGAGGUUGAGAUCACUAGAAAGGAUGAGCGUGAUUACGACGAGUAUGGAAUUCAGAUUCGCGUCAAAUACCGCAACACGGAGAAGCUGCAGACACUGGACCGGCACGUGCAGUCCGGUGGAGAACGGGCCGUCGCCAUCGCCAUCUACACACUGUCGCUGCAGCACAUCACACACGUGCCGUUCCGUUGCGUAGACGAAAUCAACCAGGGCAUGGACCCACGCAACGAGCGAAAAGUCUUCGAGAUGCUGGUAGACGAAACGUGCCAGCCCGGUCAGUCGCAAUACUUUUUCGUAACACCGAAGCUCCUUCCCAACCUGAAGUACAAUGAUUUAAUGAGUGUAUUCAUAGUUCACAACGGUAAGUUUAUAGAUGAUUCCCACGUUUUUGUCCGAGAUCAGCUGAGAGACGAUGUUUGAAGUAAAUUUCGUCAGAACGUACAGUAUUUUUCGAAGAUGUAAAUAUUCAAAUUUAUAUUCGAAUUCGGCGAAUUAAUUUUUACUGAGGUUUACUGAGGAUAUAUCCGCUGUGCGCCGUCGAGUGUUAUGUGCAGCGAAUUAUUUUAAUGUCUACGAGACCAGUACGCACUAUUACAAUAGCAUAGCUUGAUAGUAAUAUACUUGAACUUUCUAGAAA